CUCCCCUCUCGCAAUCUUGUCUCUAUCAUCAUCCUUGUCCUUGCCCAUCUUCCCACUUCCCGCUCUCGCUUGUUCACAUUCACGCUCGUUCGUUCGUUUGGUCAUUCGCUUUCGUCCCAAUUUGGUUGCCCUAAUUACACACGUUAACAGAGCUUGUUAUUGUCCAUUGGGUACUCUGUACACUCUGUUUCAGCGCAAAUAAGCCCACCCACCAAGCACAGUAAUUAUCGCGUGUCUAGGUUCUUCCCCUGCCUGCUCCCACUUACAGCAGACCUUUUUCCACUUGUUUCGAUACUGGCCUGACAUUCGCCGUCAAGCAUUUGAGAGGCAAAGACGCAGAGGUACCUACCAGAGCUGGUUUGUUUUGCUACCUGCAUAUGAAUACAUAAUUAGAAGCUAUGCAGUGCUGCAUCUGCAUUCUCUUGCAAUUCCUAUUGCAGAAUUAACCUCAACUCCACACAAACAUAUCGAAGCGAUACCCUUAUAAUCACCGAGUCAGUCGAGUCUUACUUAAAGGCUGAUAAGAUACUCAGUUUUCUCUUGGCCUUUGUAUCUUGCCUACCAAAGGUAGUCUUACAACGCAAUCCUUUGUCUCUGUCUAUCAUUUCCCUGCGGACCGGUACCCCCAACUCCCUGUAUGUACUGUACCUGGACACAAUUGUCCUCCCCCCAGACCCAGCACUACUACGCUACGCUACGGGUACCUACAAUAGUGGCUUUCGGUCCCAAGUCCCCCGCCUCACAUCAAUUGGAUUGGAUUUCUUUAAUCUUACUCCCUCCCGUUCACUCGCUCGCUGGCUCUUGAUGCCACCAACUGCUCUGCUCUGCUCUGCUCUGCUCUGCUCCUCUAUUGCUACGACGUGACAAUCAUUGACUUGAGCGAUAAUUUACAGCCUUGACCCGCUCGAAGCGUCUCUUGCCGUUCCUUUCUUUAUCGACUCACCUCGUCACCAUCACAUCGCACUCACUCACUCACUAUUUUUGCCUUCACGAUUCUUGCUUACGCCCGAACCCGUGCCUGAGAGCCAAGGAUUUGGAUUUGGAUUACCAGACACAAGUGAACUGAACCAAGCCAGCGCCUAACGCCUUGACGCCCUACACUACUACUGUUGUACCGCUCUAACGCCCUUGACGCUACCAAUCAUCGACCGAUCUGUCUCAUCAUAGACUGGCGCGCACACUGUUGCCAUCGACUCCCUCGCUCGCUUGCUCGCUUGAGCUUCCCCAGCUCAAGGCUUUGAUUUCUAGCUCCUGAUCUCUAGCCUCGCAUCGCAUCGCCAUCUCCAUCCUGCUGUCGCCUAUCGGCAUCGGUCGAGUCGAGACCUUUUCCUCACCCUCCCGCCCGCCUCUCUGAACCGGGCCUCUGUAUUAUAGCACGGCUCCGGGUCACCGCUUCAGCGCACCUUGUCGCCGCAUCCUCGCUCGACCUCUAUUGAGGUUGAGGCCCAGCCAUCGUGACUCUGGCAACUGGGCCGGCCCAGCUGUAGUGUCCCUCGUCACGUCAACCUCAUAUUCUUCUACGCUUUCACUUUCGCAGUCGUCGCUCUCGCUCUCGGCACGCGCAGCCUUUCGCCAUGACGUCCGCCGCCUCGAACCCUAACCAGGCCAACCAGCCGGCUCUUCAAAUCAACAAUGCAGCAUCCCCGCCCAGCAAGCGCGAUCUCAAAUCAUGGUGGAAGGGUUUCAAGCUGCCUUCGAAGCACCAGGAACCCCAGGGUAAGAUAUCUCCCUCCUCCACUCUUCACUGCGCAACCAUGCCGAGCUUCGAGUCAGAACGUCAUAAAGCAACAUGGUUUCGUUGCUAUCACCUGUCGCGAUACGCUUUUCGACGGUUUUGAAUACUUCGGGCCACAGCGCCUACGGCUGAUCACAACUGAAUCUGUUGCACAUACAAUGCUCACAGUCACGAAGUCAAUAUGCACAUAGCUUUGCUCCCCCACUUCUUAUGUCUGAUCUCUAACUUGCGUAUUUUCAGAAACCCGUCCCCAAGGCAUCUUCGGAGUGCCUUUGCGGCAAAGUAUAACAUAUGCCAACGUCGCCAUCUCGCUCAUCGAUGAAAAUGGACAGAGUUACAUCUACGGCUAUGUUCCCAUUGUCGUCGCAAAAUGUGGCGUCUUCCUCAAAGAAAAAGCUACCCAUGUCGAAGGAAUAUUCCGGCUUAGCGGAUCGGAAAAGAGAAUAAAGGAGCUUAAGACCAUAUUCGACUCACCUGAUAGAUACGGGAAGGGUCUCGUCUGGGAUGGAUACACUGUACACGAUGCUGCCAACGUUCUGCGACGAUAUCUCAACGACCUCCCCGAACCCGUCGUUCCCCUCGAUCUAUACGAGAAGUUCCGCGACCCCCUCCGAGGCGCAACCAAGCAAGCUGUAGGUGACGCAGAGGGGCCUCAGUUCGUCGAAAAUUUCAACGAGAAAGCAGCCAUCUUGCAGUACCAGCGACUCAUCACGGAGCUACCGCCCUUGAACCGACAGCUACUUCUCUACAUUCUCGACCUUCUCGCGGUUUUCGCUGCCAAGGCGGACGAGAAUCGCAUGAACUCACAAAAUCUGGCUGCCAUCUUCCAGCCAGGCAUGCUCUCUCACCCAGCACAUGCCAUGGCUCCCGAGGAAUACCGACUGAACCAAUGUGUUAUCAUUUUCUUGAUCGAGAACCAGGAUCACUUCCUUAUUGGUAUGCAGGGCACCGCUGCUGAUGAAAAGACCAAGAAAGAGGUGGAGUCUGGCACACCUAGUGGUCCUCUCACCCCUCAGCCUACUCGAAAGACAAGUCUGGGCCGAUCGGCGUCCAAUGCGAGUGCAGGCGCCAACAGUGUGCGGCGAGAUGGCAAGCUUCGAAGAAACCGAUCCGUGUCGUCACGGAACUCCAGGAAUGACGGAAGCUCAACGCCCAAUAGUCCAGCCUUGACAGCUACGCCAACGACAGGUGGAUUGGCCAGAAGCAACACCGUGCCAUCCAAGAAAUCUCCUGCCAUUGGUGCUGGCCGCUUCCAGAGGUCUGAUGGGCCAGGGCCUCGUUCUCCCGCCCAUCUAGAACCUUUGACACAAGUCAACCCCACAGAGAGCAUAGAACAAUCUCCCCAAUCGACAAGGUCAUCUGACUUCAUAUCUGGCGGUUACCUCACACCAACGAAGGCUCCUGUAACAGGCCGUAGUCACGAGAGACUACUAGAAGUGCCGCAGGAGUCCUCCACACCAUCCAAGGAGCGCAAUCUUCCCAACAUCUUCCGUAGCACACCCAACACCGAUACCGGUGACAAGAGGCAGCCUAACAAACUGAAGAAGAAGAGGAUACCAGGAAGCUUAAACCCAAGUGCCCAGAGUUCUGCUGCCUCUUUGACAUACACACAUCCGAAUGCUGCGUCAUCUCCUGGGGCAGAACUGGCCAACCCGAUGGAACAUGCUCAGCAGUAUGAAUCUGGAACUCAGGCAUUGCCGCAACAACCAGCCCCGAUUCUCGAAGAACAACACCGAGAAGCAUUGGAGCAGCAGCAAGAACUACAUGAUCGACCGUCACAUGGGCAAAAUCCUCAAGAAACUUCACUCGCACAUCCUGCUUCUCUGACGCAGCAAAAGAGUGAUGUUUCAUCUGAGCACACUCCUAGGGCAUCUCAAGCGUCAUCAAACCAGAGCCUGCACCCAGAUAAUACACUGAAGUCGAAAAAGUCACCACCAACGUCUCUGCACUCAUCUUUUAACGAAGGCUCGGACUUGGAUCAAAUUCUUGACGAGCAGUCUGUCAGCACUGUUGAUCAAGCAGAAAAAGAACGAAAGAAGCGUUGGCGGUUGUCGAGGAGUAAGAAUGCUGACAACGGCUCCUCUGCCGGUCUCACCUCACCACGCCUUGCCCUUGGGCAGAACGACAAUGGCGAUGUCAGCAACCUAUCAAUAUCAAGUUCCAGUCAUAGGCCUCGAAAGAGCGAGAGCUCUGACCGACCUUACAUGGUGAGCGAGGGACAGGGUAGCUUCGAUCCGGGCAGAGAAAGUGAUUCCAAGGGUCCCAUAGGAUGGAUCAGGAACAAAUACCGUGAAGCAAAAGAGAGUGCAGAACAAAGAAGGAAUAAGUCUCCUCCUCCGGCAGACCGUCCCGGCCUGGGCGCCUCGAGCUUCCAACCCCGAGGAAAGAGUUUGGAAAUUAGAAGAGAUGAGCCAACGCAACAUGCUUCACUUGCAGCAAUAGCUGGUGCUCCAGCUGUUGCCUCUAACCCUGCUGCAGCUCCCGGUCCAGCACUGGGUCCGGCUCCCACAACGGCACAAAUUCCUCAGACAGCCACAGUUUCAAUGGUUCAACCUGAGCCCACAUCACCUGUUCAGCCAACCCAUCCUCAAGCGCAAGCUCCUCCACCGGCUCAGGUCCAGGCUCAACCUCAACCUCAGCCGACAACUCCAGCCCAGCCUCCAGUUCAGGAACUGACUCAAUCUCCAGUUGAACCUAAACUUCAGACAGAAUCUCAAAAGCCGCAAAGCCCCCGGACACCUCAGAAAAUCAUUUCUAUGCUCGAUGUUGACACGCCACCGGCCGCUGCAACAACAUCAACUCCUGUCCCGACCGUUGCUUCUGUAACCACGCAACCGCAGGCGGAGGAACCGAAACACGCUCAGGAGCAGCCACAGCCCCUGCUGUCACAGGAGCCAAAAGCAGAAGAAAAGCCAGCCCAGGCCACUGAACAGCCGGCAGUGAUAUCGCCUGUACAGCCCGAGCAAGUACAGCCUGAGCAACAGCAAGUAAAGUCAGAGUCAGAGACACCAAAGCAGGAGCAAUAGGAGGAGAAAAGCGUUCUAGUUUAAAUGGGAAGAGUAUUUUGGAAUGGUUGAAGUAGUAUCACGGCAGGAUAGCCUUUUCUUUUUAGUUUAUUUUUAGGGAGAAUGAGAUGGACAUCAUGAUGGAUAUGCGGGAGACGGGUUUAUCGACUGAACCCUACUUAGACCCUCUACCACCCUUAUAAGUCGAUUACAUGUAUGUAAUGUAGCCUGGUGUGAUGGUGAGCUUUAUUUCAUUUGAGCGGGUGGAGGAGUAUAGUCAAGGAGUACAGGUUACUACAACAAAGAUAUGAAAUCCAAGCAGUUUUCAUAGUUUGAUGCAUACGCUGGUUGCUCAAGGGCUUACAUUCUUAGUAUACACUCAAUACUCAUCCAAAAUUUGCACGGCCAAUCUACGACUCCUUCGCUGGAGGUGCGUUAUCGUAAAUAACAGUGUCCCACACAAUCAUCUUUCCCGAGCGUCGCCAAUCUUCGUUAAACAAACCAUUGAAGCCCUUCCAAACAGGGCGCACCUGUGUGAGACCGAGAGCCUGCGCCUCAGGGGUCUUGACGAAGUCCUGUAGCCAUGGCUCGAUACCGUCGAAACCGACGAUGUAGCGAGGGACAGCAAGUGGCUUUUCUGGUCCAAAUAGCUCCGAAGUAAGAAAGGGAAUAGGGUUGUCGUAAAAGCGAUCGGCCUCAUCACGAUAGUUCUCCCGCUCAGGAGUGUUUGGCUCAGUGUGAAGAGGUGGUUCACAAGUGAGGGCGUAAGCUCGUAGACCAGGGUAUACUAGAUGGGAUCGCCAAGGGGUAGAAUGGCAAGGCAUGAGGAAAAGGGCGAAUAACUCUUCGUCUUUCCCAGGGCCAACAGAGAAGCGAGAAGUCUGGGCGAGUUGAACUGAGUCUGGGUGGAUGCGUUCGUACUCAUGGCGGAGGUAUGUAAGAACAUUGAGGGGGGCUGUUUGGUGGAAGAAAGACAGAUAUCCUGCGAGAAAGACGUUGACGCCCAGGGCAGCCAAGAGAUAGUGCUUAUUGCGGAUUUGAGGCCGAGGACGGGGGUUGUUGGUUGUAGCAUCUGGCUGGAAAGUGAAGAAUGAGGCAGCAACGGGAGCGGAGAGGAUGCUGAGUGCUGGAAGAAGAGGAUAGAUGAAGCGAACCUCCUUAUGAGAGAUGAGUGAAAGCGCGCCGAUAGUUGUGAAGACGGUAUAUGCGAGUGUCUUCAGUGUAUUAGACUGGCUCGUUGAUGAGGCAAAUGCACUUGACUUGUACAGAGCCAUAAUUGCAAAGGGAAGACUAGUGGUGCAGAUAAGAGGGAGACCCUGAAGAAUGUAGUAGUGCCAUGGAUUGCGGCCAUAGAACACAGCGAGGGAUUUGGAGAGGUUGAAGUUGAGGAAGUUGUACGCAGGGAAUGUCCAGAAGCCAAAGUAUAGACGAUCUGAUGCGAUGGAAAUGACCAAGAUUAGAGAGCCGCAGAGAAUUGCCUCGCGAAUCAAUACAAACACAGUCGAAAUUGUGAGCGGUGAAGAACCUUGUAGUGAGAUUCGGGUGAGGGUGAAGAAGACAAUAGUCGCCCAGAUGAGGACGUUGGUCGGUCGAAGAACGACGGCCAAUGCUGCCAGGCACAGAGACGCACGAAGCGACCAGAGACUCUUGAGAACAGGGGUGGGUUUGGGAUUCUCCUUUGUUGUCUGUGCAGCACUGACAAGUUCCCAAGGCCAAUAAUACAACGCCAUAACAGUGAGAGUCGUUUCAAGAGAGUUGGAAAAGGUACGUGUAGAGCAGUACCAUUGCCAGGGGUUGAAGAGUUGAAG